UUUUGAGUUUACUAUUGCUUUGCGGCUGUCAUUCUAGUGAAAUAAUCGAAUCGGUCAUUUAGAUAUAUUUAACAUCUCAAAUUAAAAAACAAAUAAAUACACAAAAAAUCUUAAACUAGCCACUUAAACUUAAUAUAAAAAUGACGAAUGAAACUCCAGAGGUUGUAAAAAUUAACAAGUGGGAUGGAGCAGCUGCAAAAAAUGCUAUCGAUGAUGCUAUUAGAGAGGUUUUUACUGGAGAAUUGAAGUGCAAAGAGAGUUUUGCAUUAAUUGAUGGACGACUAUUUCUAUGUGCACUGGCUGUAGGCGUUGCCCUCUAUGCAUUGCUCUGGGACUAUUUAUACCCCUUUCCCCAAUCAAAAUUGGUACUUAUUAUCUGUGUCUCGUCAUAUUUCAUUCUCAUGAGCAUACUGACUCUCUACACUACUUUCAAGGAAAAAGGCAUUUUUGUAGUGGCAAAAGAGAAAGUGGGAAAUAACAACAGAGUUUGGGAAGCUAGCUCGUAUGUUAAAAAACAUGAUGACAAAUACAAGCUGGUUCUUGUGAUGCGUAACACCAAUGGAAAAACUCGUGAGGCUUCAAUCAACAAAUCUUUUGCAAACUUCCUCGACACCAAUGGCACAGUUGUCCAAACCCUCAUAGUUAAUGAGAUUACUAAACUCUACAACUCUCUCUCCUCUGAGAAGAAGGAGAAGUGAUCACCAUAACUCUCAUGCACAAAUAUAUGUAAUUUAAUCUCAAUAAAUUAUAUUAAAAUA